GUUAUGCAAAAGCUCUUUGCUCUCAAGAAAAGGUCUCGUACUCUUCAUUUCCGGCGACCAAACUGUAUCUUUCUCCAUUAUCACAACUCUUAAAAGAUACACAGCCCUUUCCCACACCACACUGUAUGUAUGUGUUACCACGGCAAAUUCAAUUGAUGGCUCUCUACCCAUUGCCAUCCGCCAUUAUACUCAACAAACUCAUUAUUUCCUCAACUUCUUCUCUCCACUUCACUUGCCGCUUUUCCCCCAAACCGCUCAUUCCUUCUCUCUUCUCCACCACCACCGCCGCUGCCACAACGUCGUCGUCAACACUAUUUCAACACCAUUCUUAUGGCCCUUCACUCUACAAAGGCCACAAAAAACACCAAAACACUGAUAACUUCGACGAAGAGAAUUUCACUCGAGUCUUCGAUAUAACCGCUUUACGUGUCCCUUCAGAACACUGCUUCUCCCUUGAAAGCAAAUUACGAGGCCACCUCUUAAAUUGGCCGCGCAUUCGUAACAUUGCUAGGGUUCCCGGUGACGAUAUUGAUGACGAAUUAAAGGAAUUUAUCGGAAACAAUAAUGAUGCUGAAACCCUAACCGCAUUGGAGCGAAGAAUUUAUGGAAAAGCUGAAGGAGAUGGAGAGAAAAUGUGUUCGGUGUUGUACAGAGAUAAACUUGCCAGAACUUUCAAUUCGACAGGAUAUGUGAAGUUUCAGAAUUUGGCUAAGUUAUCUAGGCCGAAGAAGAGUAAGAAGAAGAGAGAGGAAGAGGAGGGAAGUGGAAGACAGCGGAAAGGGUUAGGGAGAAAUGAGAUGGCAUUGGUGGAGGUGGUUGAAGAGGAGGGGAGUGGAGAUGAGGAUUUGAGUGGGUUAUUGGGAGAUGAUUUUAUUAGAAGAAGAAAAUGGAGUGGAUCGACGAGGUUAUUGCUAUUGGAUGAGAGGUACGCAAACAAGGGGAUAGAGGAAUUGCCUGAGGCCAUUAAGGCAGUCCUCAAAGAACACAAUGAGGAAAGUACAAGAUUAAGUUUUGAAAUUGUGAGAUGCAAGUUGACAUUAUUUUACAAUUAUUGGCAAAUGAAUGAGGUCUUAGAGGUCUUGCUUCCACAAGGCAUGAUUGUUCCUUCAGCUUUUGAGACUGUUGGGCAUAUUGCCCAUCUAAACUUGAGAGAUGAACAUCUCCCGCACAAGAAACUUAUCGCAAAGGUAGUUUUGGACAAGAACAAGCCGAAGAUACAAACAGUUGCCAAUAAAAUUGAUGCCAUUCACAAUGACUAUAGAACAAUGCAGCUAGAAGUUUUGGCAGGAAACCAUUCCCUCGUAACCACUGUAGUCGAGAAUGGACUCUAUUUUGAUGUUGAUUUAGCAACAGUAUAUUGGAAUUCUAGGCUGGCAACUGAAAGACAGAGGCUUCUUAGUUGCUUCACCCAUGAUGACGUUGUCUGUGAUGUUUUUGCUGGGAUUGGUCCCAUUGCAAUAUCCGCUGCAAAGAAGGUCAAAUAUGUAUACGCUAAUGAUUUGAACCCUUCUGCUGUUGAAUAUCUAGAAAGAAACUCUGUCCGUAACAAACUCGAGAGGAAGAUUGAGAUUUUUAACAUGGAUGGGAGGAGGUUCAUUGACAGUAUUUUUGUGAGUGAAAAAACUCGGGCAAUUACUCAAGUAGUAAUGAAUUUGCCAAAUGAUGCUGCAGAGUUUCUUGAUUCAUUUAGAGGAAUUUUCGGAAAGAGGAACAAGGGUAGGCAAUUUACCUUGCCAAGGAUCCAUGUUUAUGGGUUUUCAAAAGCUCAGGAUCCUGAAUUUGACUUUCAUGAGCAAAUCAGGAUUGCACUAUCUGAGGUGGCUUUUGAGGUAGAGAUGCGCAAGGUUCGCCUUGUUGCACCAGGAAAAUGGAUGCUGUGUGCAUCAUUUGUUCUGCCUGAGACAGUGGCAUUUUCUAAAUGAACUCUGUAAGUAAUUUUGUAUGGGUAAUUGAGCCAUUUGUCAACAAUUACAUGUGACAGUCCAUCUCAUUUUCCAGAUAAAUUUUUUAUUUAUCAAAAGCAUAUAUAGGAGCAAAAUUAUAAUGAGAAAGCCUUGCUAACUUCCCUUGUA